GACAGAGAGAGAGCAGGCACCAGAGAGCGUAGACGUAGUGCUCAUCGGCCCAGAAACAGCCAUGGCACCUAUGAUCCAGAAGCCAGAGAAUGUCCUCAAGCGGGCAGAGGAACUCGUCGGCGUGGGCCAGCAAGCAGCCGCCCUCCAAUCACUCCAUGAGCUCAUCAUCUCAAAACGCAGCAAGAGCGCGUCCAUUGCAUCUCUCGAGCCCCUCAUGCUCAGGCUCGUGGAGCUGGCCGUUGAGCAGCGCAAGGGAAAGAUUGUCAAGGAGUCUCUCUACCAGUACAAGAAUAUUGCGCAAAACACAUCCGUCGAGACGCUUGUCGUCGUCGUCAACCGCUUCAUCAAGCUAUCCCAGCAGAAGUUUGCAGAGGCACAGCAGCAGGCAGAGAAGCUCUCCCUUGAAGCCAUUGAUGACUUGGAGGCAACAGAAACGCCAGAGUCGAUUUUGCUCAGCACUGUCACGGCAGAUGUCGGCAAGGACAGGACGGACCGCGCCGUCGUGACGCCCUGGUUGCGUUUUCUCUGGGAGACUUACCGCACCGUACUUGAUAUCCUCCGCAACAAUGGCAGACUCGAACAAACCUACCAGGAUGUCACGCACCAGGCCUUUGAUUUUUGCCAAAAGUUUGAGCGCAAGAUGGAGUUUCGCCGUCUGUGUGAUUUGCUGAGGAACCACUUGCAGAACGCAGCCAAGUACACCAACUCUGCCAACGGCAUCAACCUCAAUGACCCAGACACCUUGCAGCGUCAUCUCGACUCGCGAUUCGUGCAGCUCAAUACGGCUGUUGCCAUGGAGCUGUGGCAGGAAGCAUUCAGGUCAGUGGAGGAUAUCCAUAACCUCUUGACCAUCAGCAAACGACCUGCAAAGCCAGCCGUCAUGGCUAAUUACUAUGAAAAGCUCAGCAAGAUCUUCUUGGUGAGCGGCAACUACCUCUUCCACGCAGCGGCCUUCAACAAGUACGCGACACUUGUGCGUACACAAAACAAAGGUGCUUCUGCUGCAGAGUUGGAGCGAUUGGGUUCUACUGCGCUGCUCAGUGCCAUUGCUAUUCCAGUGAUGCGUGACCAGCAGGGUCGUGGUGUUGAGCUUGACCUUGAUGAUCACAAGACAAAGCACGCUCGAUUGGCUGCAUUGCUCAAUAUGCCACACGCACCUACACGCGCUGGUCUCCUCAAGGAAGCCUUGCACAAGAAUGCGCGUGUGCAAGAACACAUCAAGGCUGUGUAUGUUGCUCUCGAAACACAAUUCCACCCACUUUCCAUUUGUCAGCGCAUUUCGCCCUUGCUGGAGAAACUUGCAACGCCCGAAUUCCAGGGCUACAUCCAGCCCUUGCAGCAGGUCGUUCUUGUUCGCGUCUUUCAGCAAUUGUCGCAAGUUUACGAGACCGUGUCGUUUGACUUCAUCACCAAGCUCAUUUCAUUCCCUGCACAGUACGCCAUCGACGCUGUUGCACUUGAAAAGUUCAUCAUGGCAGGCUGCAAGAAGGGUGAACUCCACAUCCGUAUUGACCACGCCAACAAUUGUCUGACAUUCGAAGCCGACAAUAUGCUUGAACAAACAGCCCUGCCUACCGCUUCUCGCAGUCUCCAACCAUCUCCCGCGGAUCUCGUCAAGUCACAACUCACACGUCUUGCACGCUGCCUGUAUGCCACGCUCUCACACGUGGAUCCUGCCUUUGUUGAGGAGAAAGCAGCCUUGAAACGAGCGCUUCUUGCGCGCGCCGCUGAGCAUGCCGAGCAAGAACAUGCACAAGUCCUUGCACGCACUUCCAUCAUUGAGCGUCGCAAGGAACUCGUUCAAACCGCACAAAUGAAGAAAGAUCAGGAAGAAGCAUCGCGACGUGAAUUGCAGCGGCAAAAGGAACAAGAGGCUGAAUCGCGUCGUGUGGCAGAAGAUACGCGACGUCGAGAGUUGGAGCGCAUCAAGCGUGAGCAAGACAAGAUUAAGCAGGAUGAAUCUAAAAAAUUGCGCGAAGAGCUCAAGGCUUCUGGUGCACUGGCUGGUGUGGAUGAAGCAGAGCUUGAAAGUCUGGAUACCACCAAAUUGCGCGCAAUGCAGUUGCAGCAGCUUGAAAAAUCCACCAAGGAUAUCAAUGAGCGUAUGCGCAUCACCGCCAAGCGUAUCGACCAUCUCGAGCGUGCCUACCGUCGUGCUGAAAUGCCACUCGUUCAGAAGGAUGCAGAGGAACAAGUCAAGGCAGACAAGGAGAAUCACGCUGCUCGUUCAAAGGCAGCACUGGAAACGGCACAGGUGAAGCAUGAAGAAGCAUUGCGAAUGAAGAAGCGCAUGUCGCGUGUCUUGCCAGACUUUGACGUGUACCGCCAGCAACUCGCUGCGAAGCGUGAAGUGGCCUACAAGCAACGUGUUGAAGAGGCGCAGCGCAAGCUUGAUGAAGAAAAGGAAGCGCGUCGUGUGGCGUACCGCAAGGAAGUCGCUGAAGAAGAGGCCCGCGAGCGCGAGGAGCAAGAGCGUUAUGAGCGUGAGGAAGCGGAGCACCGUGAAGCAGAGAAGCGUCAUGAACAAGAAGCUGCUGAGCGUGCAGAGAAGGAAGAGGCGCAACGUGCUGAGCGAGAGAAGAAGGCCGCUGAACAGGCUGAGCGCAUGAAGAAACUCGAUGAACAGGCGGCGAAGCAGCGCGCACGGGAAGAAGAGGCUGAAGCCAAGUUGCGCGCCAAGAAGGAAGGUCGGCCUGUGCCCGGUGCUGCUGCGCCGGCUGCUUCUGCUGGAGGUGAUAAUGUCUACAGGCCUGGCCAGGGCAAAUGGAGCCGUGGAGGUGGUGCUGCUGGUGCUGGCGGCGAUCGUGCGGGUGCUACAGGCGGUAUGGGUGAGCGCAGUGCAAGCUACGGCAGGCGAGAGACCCCCGUGCCUUCGCGUGAGCAGACACCGCGUGCCUCGGAGGAUGGUGCCAAGCCUAGCAAGGGCGCCUAUGUGCCUAUGCACCUGAGGAAAGGUCCUGAUGGCAACCCACCCACUGAGCGUCGUGCAUCUGGCUGGUAGACUUCUAUAGAGCAGCUAUGUAUGUUUGCAAAUAUCUUCGUUG